UGUAAAUCAAAUUUUCAAGUAUGAAUUAUCGUGGCUUUGUCACGCACAGUGUACUCGGGCACACUUUGAAGAUUUCAAAAGUGGAUGAAUAAAACACAGCAGGAAUAUGAAUGUGUAACAAAUAUAACAGAGCAGACGUGAGGAAAAUAUGCGUCACACGAGAAGCGAUGAGAUUUAAUUGAAGAGUUUGUCGGAUAUUAUGUCAAAACUUGAAACGUAUGGGAAAUUAGAUUCUCAAAUGCCGGGAGAGCAUUCGAAAACUCUUGGUCAAAAUGCGGGCGCGAUAUUUUCCGCGCGGAAAAAUCUCUUGCGCGAUGCUAAUGUGGCUUGCCGUUUUCGUGACGUAAAAAACACGGGGAGUUUCCCGUCGGCAUUGACGAUCGACGCAUCGGUUUUCACCGAUCAAUCGAAACCAACAGUGAAAUCGGAAUACGAGAGAAGAGGAACCUUGAAAGCGUCAAUUCUCGUUGAGGAAAGGAGAGAAGAUAUCGCGGAAGAACAACAGGUCGAAGACAGACGAGAAGACGAGAACAAAGAUGAUGGCAAAAAGACGUCGCGGGCCGCGGGCGAUGUAUGCGUCUCGGAAACUUGUGGGGAGGAGAAGAUCAAAAGACACAAGACUUUCAUAGACGCAUCGGCAAACGAAGAAUUGCUCGCGCGCAUCGAAGAGAUCAACCCCACGAAACUGAGCGAGAUGAUCAACAAAGAGAUAAACAAUUCCAUCAAAGAGAUUAACAAUUCCAUUAAAGAUGCCGUGCAAACUAUCGUGAAACAGUGCUCAAUGGAAGAGAAAAAGUCGACAGAGUCUGAAAGGAAGUCGCGCGCGUGUCAAUUUCGCGUAGCGGACGAAUACUGCAAGAAAUCGCCCGAUCUCUCUUGCAGAGAUCGACGAAACGCGACAUGUCCCGCUAUGCGGCAAUAUAACAAUCCCACGCGCGACAGUUCCUUUUCACGCGCUAAAACGACGCGCGAGGACGCAACACCGCUGCCGGUGAAUAUCAACAACGAAAAAAGAAAUAAAAAACACUCGAAACCGGCGAGUAAUGUGAGCACCGACAAUCGCAGAAUGACCGGAAAUGUAAAUAUCUAUAUUUGCUCCGAGGCUAAUGACAAUAGCGCGGAUAAAAGCAGAGGAAAAACGAAGACUCAAUCUUGCACGGAGACGAGUACCGAUACAAUCACCGAGCAAUCAAACUCGAGAUGCGCCAGCAGCGCAUCAACGUGCAAGCUGAUAAACUGCAUACAAGAAAAACGGAGAAAAUUGCAAGCGCAGCGACUAUCUAAUACUCUUCACAAAAGAAGGGACAAGAGCAGCGACAGCAGCGAGGAUAACGUUGUCUGUGAUACGAACAACACAACCGUGCAUAGUAUUUGCAGAAAGGUAUCGAGCGAAUUCAACAAGGAAGGGGUGGAUGUCAAACUUAGUGAUGAGGAUGUUGAACGCGGAGAUACAAUUUCGUCGACUAGAAACGGUUGUUGUUGCGAGGAUACAAACAGCACGACGGGUCCACUAUGUGACUCGUCGGAGUCUGUGGUCCCGUGUGCCGGGAGCUUUAGCAUAUUUGACAAUUCGAUACGUCCACAGUCUUGGACCAGCAUUUAUCCUUCAAAAGCGGAAGCCGAAUCGAAUGGUAGCGACAUCACGUUGGAUUACGACGAGAAUGACACUCGAAAUAAAAUUUGCGGAAAUGACGACGAAUACAGCGUGUGCGAUGCAAUCGACGGCAACAGAUGGCAACGGAAAUCGAUUUAUACAGAUUGCGCCACGUACGGCAAAAAAGUUCCGAAAGAGUGCUUCGCGGACAAUUGUAGGUACCGAAACAAAAAAGUCCAAGACUCGGCGGUAAAUGGCAACGAUAUCUGGAAGAGACGAGUGGGUUACAAACUGCGGCAACCUAUCGAGGAUUGCCGAAGAGAACACGUGACUCUUCAGAGAUCCGCGUGUAGUUGUAUCGCGGAGGAGGAAGAAGAUCGUUGUGCGAGCGUCGACAUAGUCGGGAAUGAGCUUCCUGAAAGUGUAUGUGAAGAGGCGACGUGUCCGGAAAAGAUAUACGUUUGUCGAGCGCCGUCGCGAGAAUUAACCGGGGAUGCGACUGUAUGCGGAACGUCGUUUAGCGCCGUCGGAAAAUGUUCCGAGGAAACGUGUAAAAGCGCGUCGAAAGAUCCUGCGGAAUGUCGAAACGGCGCGACUGUGUACGUAACAACGUUUAAGAAUUCGGAAGAACCUCUAAAAGUAACGAGAGUUUGUAAGGAGUUGGUUGCAGAAGAGUCUUCGAAAGAUAUCGCAGUUUGCAGGACAGUGAUGUUUGGCGAACCGAAAGGACCCCCGGAAAGAGUAGCAGUUUCCAAAGCGCUUCCUGACUCCGAAGAAGCCCCAAAGGAAACAAUUUGUAAGAAGAUUCCUGACUCUAACUUUGCUGACCAAGACGAUGUUAAGACGGUAUUCUUGAACAGCGCGGAAGAUAAACUCGCGGAGGGAAAUACAAAUAGCUCGAACUUAAAUAACUGGCAGGAAAAUGUCGGAAAUACCGAUAGAGGGAAGCAACUGAAUAAGUUCGGCAACCGUGAUAAUUUUGCAGGACGGAAGUCCAAUGUGAAUAUAAAGCAAGGUGAACGAACGAAAAAACUUAUUUCGAAUGACGAAACAAAUACUCCCGUUAAACCGAUCGAAGAUACCACAUCGUUGCCGAGAAGUAUCUAUUCUGCAAUUCCACGUAAUUCCAUUAAUCUUAUUUCAAAUUCCAAAGCAAGCAAGCACAUAUCAAACACUCACCCCGAUCAACAAGGGUCGUUAAAAUUUCAGUUACCUAAUCGACCACUAAGGAAUUAUUCUCAGCAACCGAGCAGAAUAGCGAAGAGAUCUACGAUGCGAGAGUUGGCCGCGUCGCGUAAAAAUAAUCAGACUGUGAAAAAAGCGCAAGACAAAUUGAAAGGAAACGAAGAAAAAUACAAUAUUCCAAGAGAAGUGAAAACGAAAGAGGAACAGCCGAGAGAACCUCUCUUAUAUCGAUCGAUUAAAAAACUGGCCGAUAUACUUAAAUACACUCGAGAACAAUUGAAAGCUAAAAGAGAAGCAGAAAAAACUAAAUUAAAGAAAAAAAUUGUCAAUGACAAACGAGAUGAUGGAGAAUACAAAACUAUUUCUGAAACGGAAGAUAAAAUUAUUGAUGAGAAGCGUCAGAAGAUUGUCGAACAAAUAGAAGCACCGAAAUCUCCGCUCGCAGACGGAGAAACACGUGAAAAGACCGAGGCGCCAGAAUCGAUAGCUGAUUUUCGAAUUUUUAAAGAGGAUAAGAAAACAGACGUUCUUAAAAUAAACGAGACAACGCGUUUGAAACCGAAAUUAAUUCGGAUUAUCGCGACGAAAAGAUCACGCGUUCCAACUGUAGCAGCAACCGAUUUCAAACCUCGAGAACCUGAAAUAGAAUCUGUUCGGGUUGUAACCGAUUCUCAAGAACCCGAAGUGGAAUUUCCUGCUGUUGAAACUACUACGAUUGAUCGUGUCGAUCAAGAAGAAACUUUUCAAGAAGAAACAAUCAUACAAGAACCUAUUUCUGAAGAGAUCCAAGAAGACACAAAAGUGGAAGAAUCUAAAAUAAGUAUUGCUGAAAUUAAAGUUUCUACGAAAGAUGUUGCUGACGAAGAGAAAGUUUUAAAAGAUGUGAUAGACAAAAAGACGCAAGUCUGCGCACUUUUUCCGGACGAAAAACAAAGAGAAGAUCUUCAAAAAUUCAUAUCUUGUAAAUGCGAUGUACUUCCUGAAUCAAAUGGUUCGUAUUUGAUCGCCAAGCGUGCAAAGCUGUACGUGCCUUGUCCGCAGAAAAAAACAAAGGACGAGGCGAAGAAAACUAUCCCUUGUACGUCUCCGCUUUCUUUUCGUCCGAAAGGUUGUUUCUGUUUACUUUAUAAGUCGACACAAUGCCAUAACAUUCCCAAUGAAUGUCUUUGCGAGGACAAUGAGCGGAUAGACCACUGCGCACCGUCACAAUACCUGAAAAGUUGUCUGAAGACGAGCCAAAAGUCCGACAAACCAAAAUUUUGUGUUGUAUCGCCUUUGAAAAUUAAUCCCCAUAUUUGCUCGAACUGUAACAAAACGAAGAAAGAAUGCGUGUGUAAGAAAACUGCGUUCUCUCGCCAGCUCUCCGAAGAAUGCAAAUGCAGACGGUGUGCAACGCGUGCUGAUUAUUCGAGAACGGCUGAUAAACGCAGAGAUCAGUGUAAUUGCGUAUUCACGGAAUGCAACAAGAUCACAAAAGUGUGCGACUGCAGAAAGGCGAUGAUUUGUUUAUAUUGCGACAAUCCUCGAGACAAGUGCACAUGCAGAGCGCCGAUCGGCAAAUGUUCGAGCUGCGGAUUGCCGUCGGAUGUUUGCAACUGUCAAGUAGACACCGACCGCGAUCGUAAAGAUAAAGUACAGAUAAACGAGAGAUCGGAUGAGAAUCGAACAAUUCGAGUUACCAGCUGGAAGCCGAGAAAAGAAAUCAGGCGAUAUUUUACGAGAAACUCUGAGAACUUUCAAUCGAAUCCCACCGAAGAAUGUCGUUGUUACGAGAAACCGAACGGGCAACACAUCCCCGAGGAGCAGCUGCCUUAUCAGCGGCUAAAUAUCUUCUCGGACGUAAUGAACGAGCUACAGCAAAAGAUUAGCGAGUCUAUAUGCUGCUCACGUUGUUGGAAAAAUCCCUGUUGUUGUGAGUUGCGAGCGAGUCAGAAUGAAGAAACGGGAGAAACGAGAUCUAAGGAUCACGUCAGAUGCCUUGAAAUGGAAAAGUCGCCUAGAAUUGGACUUAGGAACAAGUCACCGAAUAAUUGUCGAUGCAAUUCGAGUCCUAAAACCAAGCGUAAAAUUAAUUUUGAAGAAUCAAUAUCAAUUCGACGUGCUAAUAACUGCGUUUGCGAAGUUUCGCCAUGUGGAUGCAGAAAAAACAGACCUAAUAACAAGAGACCGUUGGCAAAAUGUUAUUAUUGCAAAAGUUUGCCCUGCGCCUGCAUUAUAGCGAGGUAGCCGAGACCGUGCAGGUGCAGUGAUUCAUCGGAUCUGACCGAACGAAACAGCCGAAAGCAAAAAGCGCAUUCGCGAGAGAAACAUGGGAAGGUAAAUGAUAUUUAAUUAAUUGUGCUCGGCGCGAUCA